AUGGAGAGCCGAGGCCCCUCGACCUCGAGCUCGAGGCUGCUCGAGGAGCCAGUCCCUCGACUGGCGCCGCCACCAACACCAACACGUACAAAGCACGAUGCCCCGGUGACAUUACAGAACCGGCCAGUGGACAAGAGAAGUCUCGAUUAUAUCCUGCGCAGUGGGUUGGCAGGCGGGUUGGCAGGAUGUGCGGCCAAAACCUUGGUCGGACCUCUCGACCGGGUCAAGAUUCUUUUCCAGGCCUCCAACCCCCAGUUCGCGAAAUACACGGGCAGCUGGUUCGGCGUGGUCGGCGCCAUGAGAGACAUAAACAAGCAAGAGGGCCUUCGAGGAUUGUUUCGUGGCCACUCGGCCACUCUUCUCCGCGUGUUUCCAUACGCCGGGAUUAAGUUUCUGGCCUACGAACAGAUACGAGCAUUCGUGAUCCCCUCCAAAGCCCACGAGACUCCCGUCCGUCGCUUCCUGUCAGGAUCCCUAGCCGGCCUCACUUCGGUCUUCUUUACCUAUCCCCUUGAAGUCAUACGAGUGCGACUGGCUUUUGAGACCAAACGAGACUCCCGGUCCUCUUUGGCGCGAAUAUGCCAACAAAUAUACCAUGAACAACCCGCCCGCCCGGAACCUGUGUCGGUCCAGGGUCCUGCGGGAGUUGCAGCCAAGGUUGUGCAGACCGCCGUGCCGAGAUCGGGUCUGGCCAACUUCUACCGUGGUUUUACGCCCACCCUCUUGGGAAUGCUUCCCUAUGCGGGCAUGUCCUUUUUAACCCACGACACGGUGGGAGAUCUGCUCCAACAUCCAAUUCUUGCGCCCUACACCGUUCUGCGGCCCGCGGCGACUGGCCCAACAUCGCCUGCGGACAAAGCAGCAAAUUCCACAAGAGUCCAUUCCCGCAGCCAGCUGACCGCCCCGGCGGAGCUUGUCUCGGGAGCCGUGGCCGGUCUGGUGUCCCAAACUGCGUCUUAUCCAUUCGAAGUGAUCCGACGUCGAAUGCAGGUCGGCGGGGCUGUUGGAGAUGGUCGGAGAUUGAGAAUAUUCGAGACGGCUCGCAGGAUAUGGCUGGAAAGGGGCUGGCGAGGCUUCUUUGUCGGCCUUUCAAUCGGUUAUGUCAAGAUUAUCCCCAUGGCCGCCACCAGUUUCUAUGUGUACGAACGCGCAAAAUGGCUGCUCGAAAUUGGGUGA